AUGUCCAACCACGUCUCCAGCGGCCAGUCGCGGCCCUGGUACGAACACAUCACAAUCGACCUCCUCGCCCGUGUCCUCAACAACAGUAUCUUCCAACCCUUCAUAGCCUGGCUAGCCUUACUUUGUCAAAGCGCUGUGGGAGCAUCUAGCACGAGCUUCAGGUUCAGAGCAACCCUAAAUUACGCUUGUCUCCUGUCUCUGUUCUCUUUCCUCAAGCUCCUGGAUGAGUUGUACGCUUAUGGCAGACCACGGAAGCUGGACUGGGAUGAGGAGGUCGUGGUGAUUACUGGUGGGGCGAGGGGGCUGGGCAAGAUACUGGCCGAGGUUUAUGGGAUGCGAGGUGCAUCUGUGGCGGUACUGGAUGUACAGAAGCCCAGUAAAGAGAGCGAAGGCUUGGCUGGGGUGGAGGUUUAUGAGUGUGAUGUUGGCGAUGCUGAGGCAGUGGAGAAGGUGAAAUUGCAAAUAGAGACAGAUCUCGGUAUACCCACGAUCCUGAUCAAUAACGCCGGCAUCGUGUAUGGCAAGCCCCUUCUGUCCCUCGGUAGCCACGAGGUCGAGAAGUCCUUCAAAGUGAACACACUGGCCCACUUCAACACGAUCCGCACUUUUCUGCCCACUAUGCUCGCCUCCAAGACAGGCGGGACGAUAGUCACAGUUGCCUCCGUGCUCGGCAAGCUGGGAGCAAGUCACUUGAGUGACUAUACAGCUACAAAAGCAGCUCUCAUAGCCAUGCACUCUUCCCUUCGCGCCGAGCUGAACUCGCCUAGCACUGCACCAGAGGGCGCAGCAAACAUCCGAACAGUCCUUGUCACACCUGGUCAGCUCUCAACGAACUUGUUCCAAGGCGUCAAGACCCCAAGCUCGUUUCUCGGCCCAGUGGUCGAGACAGUAGAGUUGGCGAGGGAGAUCGUGAAGAUGGUAGACUCGGGCAUGAGUGGUGAGAUCAGUCUGCCGCUGUAUGCGAGGUGGAUUGACUGGCUGCAUGUACUACCUCCCGGUCUAGGCAAGCUAGUCAGAGGGCUAAGUGGUAUGGAUCGUGCUAUGGAGGGGUUUGGAGCAGCGCAGAGUAAGAUUUCUAAAAUGGCGGGUGGUGUCAAGGUGCAAUGA